AUGUCGACCAAUACAAAUGCCAACUCUGCCGCAAACGAAGAGAAACUAGCGGCCAGCAAGCUCGAAAAGGACAAGGGUAAUGAAUUUUUCAAAGCCGGAAAUAUAUCGGAAGCAUUGCGACAUUAUCAUCAGGCUUUGUUACAUUUACACGGCCUCCAGAAUAACAAAUCUUUUGCAAUAUUUCGCAAAGAACAAGAAGAGGAGCCUAAAACUGAUCCUUUACAAGAAGACAUCAUGAAAACUACAAGCUUGAUAUAUAGUAACAUGUCCGCUUGCCUGAUUAAAAAAGAAAAGUGGAGUAGGGCAAUCGAGUGCGCGGAUAAGGCCUUGAAAAGUGAUCCUGAUAAUACAAAAGCUUUGUUUCGUCGUGCGCAAGCAUAUAUUUCCGAUGGAAACACGACAAGAGCAAGACAAGAUUUGGAAAAAUUGACUGAAAAGAAUCCAGAUGACCCACUAGUUAAACGAGAAUGGCAGCGUCUCAAACAAAAGGAUAAGGAACAAGAUCAAAAGCAACGUAAAGAAUUAGCCGGAAUGUUUGAUCGAAUGAAAAAACUUGAUGAAAAAGAAAAAGCUAAAAAGCAGACUGUGAAUGAGUCUACCAAUGAACCAAAAAUUUCUGAAAUUACAGAUGAACCUAAGAUUUCCGAAGUUGUAGAAGACGAAGCUAAAAUUUCCGAAAUUGAAUAA